AACCAAAUUGUAAACAUAACCUUAUUUUAACAUUACAAAUUUACUGUCAAAGAAGUUAGAUUUUACAAGCUUUUAUAUAAUGCUUAAUUAUUUAAGUUUAUCUAUAAAAACUACUUGUUUCAAUGGGAAUGCAAGCAGAUUGAUUUGUCCGUUUGGAAUUCGUAACACGAAACGACAAAACCAUAAGUUGCUGUUUCAGCAAGUGUUAUCUACAAAUUUGUCCUGUACCAAACGAAAUCUUAAAAACGAAUCUCUUGUUGAAAACGAUGCUUUGUAUAAAGAGAUUUAUAGGUUCCCUGCCAUUAAAGUGGGAUACACUCUCCAUAAGUUGAAGUGGUACCAGACUCUGCUCACAGCAGCAGCUGUCCCUAUAUCUGGAAUGUUAUAUGUAGGUGGUUUUAUUGAGCCUGUCUGGAUUUUUAAUGUUAUAUUCUCUGGGGUAUUGGUGACCUUGAACUUGUAUGGAUAUGCAAUGUUGUUUAACCGAGCUAUUGGCUUCAUAUAUCUCAAUAAAGAUGAAACUACUGUAAAAAUAGCAUACCUGGACUAUUGGGGUAAACGAGUAGAUAUGGAAAUUCCUGUAGAGGAAGUUGUUCCCCUCUCAGAAAGCCCCCGUCCACUGAAUGGCAUGGUUUUCAAGCAAAUCGUCUUUUACUCAGACGAUCACUUAAAACUAAAAUUAUAUCUUCGGCAUGGGAAAGUAACGAAUGAAGAUGGAUUUGAUCAAGUUUUUGGCAGCAGAGAAAUUGGUUGAUAGCUAUUUUACUAUGUACUGUAUAUGAUAAGAAAGAAUGUAUGUAAAUAUAUUACAGCUUAUUAUGUAA